AUGGGGUACAUCGGCGCGCACGGCGUGGAGACGCUGAAGCGCUACAGGUACAGCGGCCAGGACCACUCGGUGGUGGCCAAGUACGUUCUGCAGCCCUUCUGGAGCCGCUGCGUCACCCUCUUCCCGCUCUGGAUGCCUCCAAAUUUUCAGAUCACACUCAUGGGGUUUAUGUUUCUACUUACAUCUUCGCUGCUUAGCUAUAUUUAUUCACCCCACCUUGACACAGCUCCCCCUCGGUGGGUCCAUCUUGCCCAUGGAAUACUUCUCUUCUUGUACCAGACUUUUGAUGCCGUUGAUGGUAAACAAGCAAGGCGCACCAGCUCAUCAAGUCCUCUAGGAGAACUUUUUGAUCAUGGAUGUGACGCCCUUGCCUGCGCUUUUGAAGCCUUGGCCCUUGGAAGCACCUUGAUGUGUGGAAGGUUGACAUUCUGUUAUUGGGUGGUUGCUGCUGUCCCAUUUUAUCUGGCAACAUGGGAACACUACUUCACAAAUACUCUUAUUCUUCCUGUAAUAAAUGGACCAACGGAAGGCCUGAUGCUGAUCUAUGUCUCCCACCUUUUUACCUUUUUUACUGGUGCUGAAUGGUGGGCGCAAGAUUUUCGAAAAUCCCUCCCUCUUAUUAGUUUGGUUCCACUUCCAUUUGUUCCAGAAAUCCCCUUAUAUGUUAUCGUGCUGAUUCUGAUGAUCAUGUUUGCUGUAAUCCCAACAGUUGGAUCCAAUAUUGGUAAUGUCCAAAAAGUAGUUGAUGCACGGAAAGGGAGCAUGGAAUUAGCAUUAGCAAUGCUCCUUCCAUUUAUUGCGCUGUUAGCUGGAGUUGCUGUCUGGUGUUAUCUCUCUCCUUCAGAUAUCAUGAAGAACCAGCCACAUCUGCUUGUGAUUGGAACUGGUUCUGCUUUUGGAUAUUUGGUUGGAAGGAUGAUACUUGCUCAUUUGUGUGACGAGCCCAAAGGUCUAAAAACAGGAAUGUGCAUGGCUCUGGUGUUUCUUCCUUUUGCUAUCGCAAAUGCUCUCACCGCAAAGAUUAACGACGGGACUCCUUUGGUUGAUGAGCUUUUGGUUAUUCUUCUGUAUUGUGCAACCUCAGUGGGUCUUUACAUGCAUCUCGCCAUUUCGGUUUGUCAUGAAAUCAAGGAUGCUCUUGGAAUCUAUUGCUUCAGGAUAGCCAGAAAAGAGGCUUGA